AUGUGGAAGACGUUGAGGCUUCCUUCAGCAGGGAACAUAGAGCCCAUGGGCGCUAGGUCAUGGACGACCCUCCAGGCACUGACGGUGCUGCUCCUCCUGGGUCACAGCCGGGUCUGGUGCAAGAAGCACAAGUGGGUGUCGGCCAGCGUGGACGCCAGGUGGCAGAGCACCCCCUGGCUCCUCGAGGCCUCCGAGUUCCUACACGAUGAGAGGCCCGACCUCUUCUGGCGGUUUGCGGAUGCCUUGGCCGACCUCGACCCAGAGUCCCUGCAACUCAAAACGGACAAGGAGUACUUCGAGACGGUGGUGGGACUGGCGAGGCGGUUCCUCAACAGCGAGACCAAGGCGCAGCUCCUGAAGCAUGCCCUCUCGCUGCGGUACCACUCGCCCCGGGUGGAGAUGUUCCACCAGAUCGGCCUGCAACUGUGGCCCGACGCCAAGGAGACUCAGGACCCGUGCCCCGCAUUUGUCGAUGUCCACGGCCGUCGCACGUGUCGGCCGGUUGACGUGAAGCCCUUGCUUGAAAAUGCUGGCAUGAGGAAUGCCAGUGUCCUCUAUCAGACGGACCAUCAUUACCCAGGCGGGGAGGGAAGGCCCACGAAGGUGAUCUUGUAUGCCGAGAUGGGCUCUCAGGCCUUCAGGGACUUCCACCCCGUCCUCAAGGACCUGGCCUCUAGUGGUCAGGUGGACUAUGUCCUCAGGCAUUUCCUGCCGGAGCGAGACCCGGGGAAGACCCGUUUGACGGGCUACGGGGUCGAGCUGCAGCUGAAGAGCACCGAGUAUAAGGCGACGGACGACAGCCAGGUUGCCGAUGACUCCAAUGCGGACGGCGACCAGGAGGACCUUGGCGAUGACGAAGUGGAUGGCUACAUCUUCUCCAAGCUGAAGGCUCUCCACCCAGGUGAGGUCGAAGCACUGGAGAAAUGGCGGGAGCACCUGCUGCAGUCAGCCCUGGAGAUCCCGCCGCUGAAGGUGUGGGAGCUGCAGGACCUGAGUCUCCAGGCCGUCACCCGCAUCAUGGCCGCCACGAGCCCCAAGGAAGGCCUGGCCGCUCUCGUUGAUCUAUCGCAGAAUCUCCCUGUUCAGACCAGCCACCUGGUGAAGACGAAAGUGGACCCAGAGCUGAAGGCCGAGAUCAAGAGGAACCAGAAGACGCUGGAGGAGUCGCUGAGCCUAGGCGCGGGGGAGGCGAGCCUGCGCCUCAAUGGGAUCCUCCUCGAUGUGGAUGCCCUCGAGGUCUUCGCGCUCCUCGACAUCCUCCGCAGCGAAGAGAAGCGGAUGCAUGCCCUCUUCCAGCUUGGCAUGAAAGAACCGAGUCAGCUGCAGGAAAUGCUGCAGGGGAACUUCCAGGAGAAGUCGGGCCUGAGCCAGCUGACGUCCUAUGCAAUUGACAUCCGGGACUCAGCAGUGUCCUUCAUCAACGACAUCGAGACCGACAAGCAGUUCCGGCACCUGCCACGGAGCCUGGACGAGCUCCUGCGACCGUCGCUCAUGGGCAUGGCACGCACUGUGCGACGCAACGUGUAUCAUCUGGUCCUCGUGAUCGACCCGGGGAGUCGAGAUUCCCUGUUCCCCCUGGAGAUGAUGGAUUUCCUCACGAGCACGGGACUCCCCAUCCGCAUCGGCCUGGUCCUCUCCCCGGCCGUCGAUCCCGCGGCGGACCCGUUUUGGGAUCCAUCUAGGCCUGGGUUCUUCGCGCUAACAUAA